AUGAUGUACCCACCACGACAAGCCGCACGGAAGGACCCGUGGAAGACCACGAUUUACGGAAGCCCUCUUCAGCCUAGCCGGUUUAUGAGCCAUUCACGCCAGCAGAAGCUCUUGCAAAUGAAGAGAGAGGAAGAAAUGAAUCACCAUUCGGUGAAAGUACAGAAUAUGACAGCAAAGCGUGCGGAGGGGAAGCCUGAUCCACCCCUUGAAGCUGUUGAGGCCUCAUCACCAGGUGAAAAUACGGUUUCCCCGACGCCGCCACCAGAACAAGCAACUGAUCCAGACUGGGCAGACGUUGAUGAGUAUAAUUCUUAUAAGGGAAAGCUGGAGGAGCAGGCACUCUCUCAAGAACGUGUGAGAAGGCAGAAUUGGUUGCGAGGAGAACUGGAGGCUCAGCUUAAGGAGCAACGGCACCAAAAAGAAGUCCAAAAGCGAGAAGAGAUUGAAUGCGCAAGGGAGUUACGAAAGGAGCUGGACUUGUGGAAGGCUCAAGAGCAGGAAAAGCAGAAGAAUGCACUUGAAAAAAUGCUACAUCAAAAGGAAGUUCUUGAUGCGCAAAUGCAAGAACGCCAAAAGCUUGAAGAAGUGAGUGGCAGUGGCUUGCUUCUUCAUGCAUUUUCGCAUUACCCACUCAAGGACACUAAGGCGAGGCAUGGAUGA